AUGGCUUCCCAGAGCACCCUACAGCAGUCACAACAAUUUUCCCAGAGUCGCACCAGUCUUUCUAGCGUCCCCAGUAGCCUCCCAGAGAGCCCAGCGUCUCCAUUAGCUCCCCAAGCACCCUUCAGGAGCCCCGUCGCCCCUAGUGGCUUCCAAGAGCACCCUGCAGGAGUCCCAGUGUCCCCAACGGCUUCCCAGGGCACCCUGCAGGCGCCCGUCGCCCCCAGAGGCUUCCCAGAGCGCCCUGCAGGAGCCACGCCAACCCUCCCCGUCGCACGAGCGCCCUCGGUGCCCUCCGAGAGCAUCCGCAGGGGCACCUUCCCCGGAGCCGCCUCGGCCAUCCGAAUCUCCCGCCGCGCCGCCACCUCGCCCUCCGUCAGUCGUGCUCCGGCGGUUGACGGGCGAGGAGCGCUAGUCGAGCACAGGCCCUGCGACCCCCCCUGA